AUGGAGCAAAAUCAACAAGAUUUUGACGAUUCUGAAGAGAUUGUCUUUCCAACGGCCACCUUUGAGCCAGUCAAAAUUGGAGAAUUUAGGGCUGUGAGCCAUCUAGAAGAACUCCUAGACCUCCUAAACGUGAAGUCCAAUAGGUAUAUCCUCCACACAAAGGCAACUUUAAUAGGGGAUGACCGAUUUGUAGAUGCAACCUUACUCCUAGCCACUGAUUAUUUUUACUUCAUUGGCCCUGAAGAGAACGAGAAUAGCUUUGAGGUAUUCUCAUACCUUGAAAUUCAGACUAUGAACGAGACUGCACCUGCUGAUGGCAACCUGAUUCUAAACUUUUACCCCACAGCUAGGAGUGACAAAGAAGCUCCUUUUUGAAUGGUAAUCCACCUGAGUAAAGACGAGGAGGACAUCGCUGAGAAGUCAUUUAAGUUCCAUACAAUCCUAAAGAGACAGAAUGCUAUCUGCUGGCAAAGAUAUUUUGAAGAUAAAAUGGAAAUCAGAGCUCCAGAGAUCUACCAAUACCACGUCUAUGCUUUAAAAGUCACAGCUGGUAGUAAGUUUGGUACCAGAUUUGAAAACAGAUUCUUGGUCUUCAGCAACAUCUUCAUUUUUAACGUCAAAAUGAAGAGUGAGAAAUCCCGUCUCAACAGAAGAGUCUUCUCAUUCAAUGAGAAAUUGUGGUACCACCCCAUUGAAGCUUUGACAAAGCUGGUCCUAGAGCCCUGCAAAAAGGUAGAUAAGGCGAAAUAUCUCCUCCAUAUGUACUUUGACGGUGAUCUCCAGAACAAAGUUCUGGUAAAUCUCAAGAAGAAGAAGCAGAAGAAGAAUGAGAGGACAUUUGGAUUUAACGAUGUAGAUCAAUUCAGAACGACAUUGUAUGAACUCAUGCGUAUCUAUGAUUUAUUGAAAAAGACCCAGUUACCUGUUGAGGAUAAAUUCCCCGAACCUCUUAUAUAGUUUCAAUAAUUGACACACCUGUA